UACAGGAGGUACUAUAGUUCGCGCAUUUGACCAUUAAACACAAACGCUCGACUUGUGACGUUAGAAUGCAAACAUCAAUGAGGAAUGAAUAUUGGGGCUGAUCGGGAGGAGACUGUGAUGUCAGCACAUUUGUGCACCGCUUCAUCUUCCAGCGAUACAUUCGAUUCUGCUGCAUAUCAACAACGUUCCUCCAGCAUCUCCAGAUUCCUCCUCCGCCUCGUAUCCUCUGUCACCCUGAGGUUGGCCGGUAUCUCCGAAUUUCUUUACGUAUUGGCUGUACAGCGUUACCUGGGAGAACCAGCCAGUGAAAGCGGUGGCGAGCACCCCCCCACCUACCUGUACGACGUGACUGUGACUAACGGCGCCUGUCGGGUGAAGGGUCACCUGUCGCCCAGGCUGAACCCACUGGUGCAGCGGAACCGCCUGAGAGCGGGCUGCGGAGUCCGCCUGGCCCGCUGCAGCCUGGUGUAUGACGAAAAGAGGCUGGGAUACUGCUUCCUGCAGAUCGAUGAGCUGGAGCUGGAACUGGAGCCCGGUGCCGGGCAGCGUGCUUGCCAGCUGGACCCCAGUGCCCUCAGCGAUGCCUCCCUCCCUGACCUCACCACCAGCCAGAGGGGCCGGGAUCUGAUGACCACCCUGCAGUCGAAAACCCCGCUGAGGGGUGGGCGGGCUCACUAUUUACCCUUGUGGAAUAACACCGACCCCUAUGGUGCAGAAUGGAACUCCAAACAACUUCCUACCUCAGAGGUUCCCCUCCAUGGUUGCAGACUCGUCUCUCUCCAACACUUGGCCAGGACUUGGAGGAUGCGAUUCGAGUUUCCCCACCUUCUGGUCCGCGUGAUGUACAAGUCCCGGUUGCGCUAUUACGGACGCCCUGGCACCAAGGUGGACUUUCCGUAUCAGGCCUACUUGGAAGUAGCAGACCAGUCAGGCAUGAUGUCGGUGGUCCUGUGGAACUCGAUGUGUCGAGAGUGGUACCAGUCCUUGCACGUUGGCACAGUGCUCCUCCUUCAUCGCUACUCCGUCAAGCAGAGUUACCAGAGAAGAACCUGGGCCAUGCCGUGUGACCAGCAGUUGCAGAGCUAUCGGUCAGUAGAGAUCUGCCUCAACCCACGGGAGCCUCACACAGAAAUCCAGAUUAUACCAACGAAGCAAGUCAAGGCAGAGUGGAGACUGCCUGAUAUCAAGUACAAUUUCGUCACGAGAGUGGAACUGGAUAAACUCCCAGAUGCUUACACGUGUGAUGUUAUUGGAGUCGUGACCUUUGUGGGAAGGUGUCAAAGAAGAAGAAAGGAAGAGGGCAGCGAAGAUUUCUACCUGUACCGCUGGGUACACGCUGUAGAUGGCAGCACCCAGCAACCUUUCAUCCUUGAAAUAUUUGCAACUUCACAGCCUGAAACUUUUCAACAAAUUCACCCAAUGACGUACCUGGUGUGCACCCAGAUGAGAGUGGUUCGAGAUUUCACAGUUCCCUACCUCACAACUUCCAACGAAAGCCAGAUAUCCAUCACAGGGCACCACAAAGGACAGCGGUACACUCAGGACCCGAAGGUGCAGCACUUCAUUCAGUGGGUGAAAGGGCAGCAUGAGAAGGACCUGCUGAGGAAGUCGGUCAUUGGUGGCCAUUACUCAUUUCCCCCAGCACCCCGCCUCUUCCAGGAUUACUGCAAAAAUCUCAAUGCUGAGGUUGUCUUGACCUCCACAAGUGACCUGAUGAAGGUGAUUACGGGUCUGCAUUACAGGGAGCAUCGGCGGAUUACGUUGCAGGCAAUCAUUGCUGCCGUCCGAUUCAUCAGACACACAGCGUCGGGAAACGGAACUGAUCACGUGCAGAAUGCUGCCAGUAAUGCAGGCCUGUCAUUGAAGGAAGGCCACGCUUUCCCACAGACGUCUUUGGAGCCAGUCCGACUGACGGACCAUCCGGCGGAACGUUUAAAGCAGCCAGAAAAGAGGCUUCAGACUGUGCAGGCCAAGGGGCGCCAAAAGUGCAGGUCACUGGUAUUGAAUAACUACGUAUUAAGACACAGGUAUCACUUGAGGGAUUUACAGAAGACUAACAGGAACAAAAGGCGACCCUCCAGGGUGAAGUUGCCGAACACAGCUGCCAUUCUGAGGAAGAGGAAUAAGGCGAGGAAAACAAAUGCCCGAUUACUGAAGAGGAGGGCAUCUGAUCAGGAUGCUGAUGACUCUGUGAAUGACAAGGGACCUUCUCAAGGUGCAGAGGAGCCUGUGGCAGCCAACAGAGAUGAAAAUGAGAGGACUACAGAGACUGAUACAGAUUGCUCCUCUCAAUAUGCCUGGCAAAGUGCUGUGUGGCCAGAGAUCAGGGGACACCUGUCAGCCCACUUACACUUUGGCCAGCUCCUUCCCGAGACCGUUCCACGGAAAUUUGACUAUAGACACAGAGACUUUCUGAAGCAGCAGUACAACCUCCAGGCUGCCGAGUACAAGCCAGCUCCGGACAACACCAGGAUGGACCUUCAGGGAUUUGGACCAGCGUCCAACCACGGCUACUACUGUGUGACGUUAGUUGGUGUCAAUCGCCAGGUAGCAGCUGAUGUUGUGUUUCUCCCAGCCCUGAAGAGCCAUGAGGGGCUCUGCACCUCGUGUCUACCGAUGGAAAGCCAUGACAACAGCUUUGCUUCCAUUCUGGCCAGUGGAUACGUCUGUGAUCAGGAACCUACGAACAAUAAUCAGACAGGACAGGUGUCUGCCUCUCCAGAUCACAUAGUAAGAACGGCCGCUGAGUUGGACAACCUGCACGUCGUCUGUGUCCUUGACCUUUGUCAUCACGGUGGCGACAAAUCUGAAGUGAUUUUGAACAAAAUAUACCAAGUGUCUGACUGAAGCCAGCAGUGCCUCUAUCACAACUCCAAUUCUGGAAUAUCCAUUCUCCGCUCAUAGAUUCCAGACCAUAAUCCAGUUACUACUUUUUCCUAACCACCUCAAUAUAAUUUUCAAAAAGUGUGCAGCAAUAUUUUAUAUGAUGUGAUUUGUUUUUUUUUGUAUAUGUGUGUCUGUAUGUAUUUCAACUGUAAUAACACAAAUAAAUCUCUGGAUUAAAUACAGCAACCAAGCAUGA